GUUUGUAUAUGCGCUGUGAUGUACCAUAAUGAAACGAAUUCCUGCUAUUAGAGUCUGAAAAAAUAAAACUUCAAAUGUCAAAUUAAAAUUUUCUUUGUAUUUAAUACUUAAAUUCAAAUAUAUUUUAAUCCCGAUUGAAUAGCUUUACUCGAAAUUUGGAUAUUUGAUAUUUAGGCAUGAUUAUACUUUAACAGUGGAACAAAGAGGGCAGUGAACUGUCCAACUAUAAACUUUGGCAGUGACGUAUUUUAGAAAAGUCUGAAGAUGGCUGUAAAACAGAAAGUAGUAGAGUGCGUAACUCCAACCAAUGAGGCACGUUUGCAAUUAAUACUAAGAGCUCUACAGGCCAUAUCCCCCGAUGAUGGAUUUCAAGAUAAAUUUUGUGCACAAAUAGUGAAAAGUUUAGGAACGGUCCCCAUUCCAACGGAUCCAUUGAGUUACAUGAAAUUCAUCGAAGACAUAAAGAAAGUUGAAAAUAUAUUAUCCAAGGAAUGUUCAGAUAAAAGACAUAUAUAUAAAGCUUUGUUAGAUGAAAUUUCAAAUCUGGAUUCACACAGACAAUUAUCACCAGCGAUGUCUAUAGUUCUACAACUGAUAGACGUAUCCACCAUACCAAAUGCCAUCAAAUACAUAUUAAACUGCAAUUAUCCCGAACAACAAUUAGAGAAAGCCUUUUAUACACUUUGUAUAUGGUUGAGACAGUGCACGUGGGUGGAUAAUUUAGGACCGUUAGUACUCGCUUUCAUGAAAGGCUUAGAAGCUGAAUAUCAUUAUGAUAUUUUAACAGAAGUGACCUUAGUAACUAUAGAACCAUUAUUUAAAUUAUUGAUGUUUCCAAAGAUAAGAAAAACUGUGGGGCCAGUUGUAUUGUAUAUGUUGUCAAGGAAUCAACAUAAUAACCCCCAAAUAUUCCACAAAGUGAUACCUCUCACCGAAACCGUGUGUGAAAAAUUAGAUAAAGAAAGAAGCGAUUCCAGUUUACAGUGUUUGAAAGAAAUUGUAAAUAUAUUUAUGAGUUUAAUGGAAACUUUUCCUGGAUAUCCUGAUUUGUACCGAUCUUUAAAUGAAGUUUUGCAACCUUUCUGUGCAACUAUAGACUAUAAAAAACCUUUACAAUUCAAACCUUGGUCGGGUUAUACUCCUCAAACUGUAGAUAAUAUGAUACCAGUGGAAAAAGUUGGUUUGAACAAUUUGGGAAAUACCUGUUACAUGAAUAGCGUUCUGCAAGCUUUGUUCAUGACUAAAAUAUUCAGAAAUGAAGUUCUACGCCACAACAGGGAUGUUUCUCAGUUAUUUUCAAAGUUACAGGCGUUGUUUGUUCUAUUGCAAUUCUCUAAACGAAAUUCUCUAUCUCCCAAUGAUAUUCUGCAUGUAUCAAGACCUCCAGGUUUCUCCUUAGGUCACCAACACGAUAGUUCAGAAUUUCUGGGGUAUCUAUUGGAUACUCUUCACGAACAAGAAAAAAAUGUAACCAACACAAUAGAAAGCUGUUAUGGGGAUGAAGGCGCUGUUGCUUUACUUCCAACAAAAGUUCAACAAUCUUUUGGUGGUAAAACGAUGACAGUAUCAAGAUGUGGGGAAUGUACUACAACAAGCGAAAGAGUAGAUCAUUUUAGAGAGCUGCAACUGUCAUUUCCCAAUCAUUCUGAUAAUCAAUCUGUACAGACUUUACUUGAUUAUUACUUACAACCGGAAAAAUUGAGCGGUGAUAAUCAGUACCACUGUGAUAUAUGUAAUCGACUGACGGAUGGAGAAAAAGUCACUAAAAUCGUUGAAGCACCUGCGAGGUUAAUAUUCACCCUAAAACAUUUUAGGUACGAUCCAACAUCACAUCAACGUACAAAACUACUACAAACCGUCGUGCUCGACGAUCGGCUAACGUUAGAUUCUCACAUUUACGAAUUGUACGCUGCCGUUGUACAUUGUGGUUUUAGCGUCGAUUCUGGACAUUAUUACACGUUAGCGAAAGAUAAAUCACAAUGGUAUAAAUUCAAUGAUAGUUGUGUAAGUAAAGCGACUACGGAAGAUCUAAAACGAUUGAAGCCCCCGGAAACCGCUUACAUAUUAUUUUAUAGUAGACAAGACGUCGACGAACCGGAAAAUAUAUCAUCGACAAUACUUUCUAAUAAAUUACAAAUAAUCUUAGCUAAAGAUCAAUCUGAAUCGGAAACCGAAAAAAGACAACAGUCCAAUAGAUCUUUUAAUUUUAAACAAAAUAGGAACGACGAACCUCCUCCUCCUAGUUGCGGAGGAGGAGGUUUUUCGACCUCGGGUAAUAUGUUGGUAUGUUAGAUUAUAUCUAUUUUGAAAAUUUAUUGUAAAUAAAAUUUAUUUGCUUAAUUAUAGGUAUUGUAUUUAUACACAAUUAAUAAAAUUAUCUAGCUUAUUAUAUAGAAA